AUGUGUGAAGAAGGGUGUAACGAUAGAGUUAUCUACUCUUCUGGGAGAGAACCCUGGUUCAAUCUGAACUCAACAUGGUAUGACCCAGCUGGAUCCUGGUUGGACAACCGCCGCAAACCAUUUCGCUAUGUUGUAAACACAGCCUGUGUCACCGGUUGCAACCGCAGGGAUGAUGUACCAAGAAGAGGAGGCCACAAUUACCGAUGCUACGGCUAUCGGAGCUCCACCUGUAGACAAGGGGGAAACCCAAGAGUGACCUGCUGUGUCCACAAUCCUUCGGGAGGACCCCGUGAUUACUGGGGGCGUCCAAUAGGUGAUUCGUGCGAUGGAAAUACAGGGGGGCACUAUUCUAAUGAAGAGUCGUUCUGCUGUGGAUCCGGUGGUGGAUCUGCUGGUGGAUGCGGAGGUGGAUCUGCUGGUGGAUGCGGAGGUGGGCAAGGAGGGGCAUGUGCCCAGCCAGUUGCUUCAUCAGGAGGAUGUGGAGGAGGACGAGGAGUGUGCUCUGAGCCUGGAUGUGGAAGAGGACGAGCAGUAUGCGCAGAACCUGGAUGUGGGAGAUCUUCAAGAGGGCUGCAAACCUCUGGGGGAGCAGGGUGUGCUGGGUCUUCAGGAGGAUGUGGAGGAGGACGAGGAGUGUGUUCUGAGCCUGGAUGUGGAAGAGGACGAGCAGUAUGCGCAGAACCUGGAUGUGGGAGAUCUUCAAGAGGGCUGCAAACCUCUGGGGGAGCAGGGUGUGCUAGGUCUUCAGGAGGAUGUGGAGGAGGACGAGGAGUGUGUUCUGAGCCUGGAUGCGGAAGAGGAAGAGGAGUAUGUUUUGAGCCGGGAUGCGGAGGAGGAAGAGGAGUAUGUUCUGAGCCGGGAUGCCGCUCAUAGGAGAGUAUGUGCUGAGCCAAGGGGUUCAUCUUCCGGUGGAUGGAGGAGGAUGUGUUCCAAUGAUGAGCUCAUCAUCUACACAGAAGGUUCUUCCUUCCAGAUGGUGAGAGGGAAGCAAGCUGCAGGUGCCAUCCUAGACUGACUGAUGGUACCGAUACCAAACCACAUACAUAGCCCUUUCCAU